CACACUGCGCGCUAGGUCGAUGCACACCAGCCUCCGACACAAAGAGAAGAGGGCAGAGAGAAGACGGAGAAAAUAUUUCAGCUUUUAGUGUUUGUCCGUCUACAGCUGCAAGGUUUUUACUCUGUGCAAUCGACACCUGUUUGUGGGAUAAGUGAUGGAGCCUGUCCAUCUUGUAGAGAUGCAGCGAGACAAGCAGGACGCCGUUGAUGUCACCUCGUGGGUGUCUGUGUGUCCCGCAGGCCUCUGGAGGGUUCAGCGAAAAUGGACGCACGAGCGGACUCCUCAGAGCUGUUCUGACGCAGGAGAUGAUGCAUCCUGUUCACCUAAUUACUGUCCAAAGCUGGGUUCGCUGUGUCGAGUCCGAGUGCAACUCAAAGCUCGAGAAGAUGACGCUCAAGACGAUGGUUCCUCGUCUACGAAAGGAAAUGAGGAGUUAGCCGUCGCUGUAGCAGAAUUAGUGCCGACGCCAAUUGUUCGGCGUCUGGAAGCUGUGCUGCAGGUCCCGCUGGGCGAUUGGACAAAUCUGAGGCUGGGGGAGGGUCAGUGCGACGUCACAGAGGCCUGUUUGGAGGGCAUGCGAGCAGGAGAGAAAUGCGAGCUACAACUUACUCCUAUUGGAUCUGGACCGGAACCUUCUGUUCAGCAGCCCUCCGAUGGAGACCUUCCUCUCAUUGCCACUGUUGAGCUCCAAGCUUUCACUCCGGGAAAGGAGUCCUGGGAGAUGUCCCCCGCUGAAAGAUGGGAGUGGGUGAAAUCGCACAAGGAGAGGGGCGGAGGUAGAUUCAGGAGCGGCGACGUAUGGGGAGCAACAGACAGCUACAGCCGGGCCCUCAAACUCCUUAUCCCUCUGUGUGGCCUCGUUGGGGACGUGGAGGACACAAACUUUUUAGAGGAAACACACCAGCUUCCUUCGUCUGAUCAGCUGAAAAUCAAGAAAGCGGAGCUUCACUCUAACCUGUCUCUGUGCCAGCUGAAAUUAAACCAACCGCAGCGGGCCAGAGACAGCGCUGCUAAAGCCACCCAGCUCGAACCUGGCGCAUCCAAAGCCUGGUACCGACUGGGGCAGGCGUGCCAAAGGCUGAACGAGCUAGAUGAGGCCAAAGUCGCAUUUAAGAAACUGCUGGAGCUCCAACCGGACCUGCCCGCUGCAGUGAAGGCGCUCAAGGAGAUAACGAAUAAAGAAAAAGAAAGAAACGUGCAGCUGGGACUGAGACUCAGCAAAAUGUUUAGCUGAAAAAGGGAAUAUUAUUCUAAAAAGAUCUAAGUGCAAUUAUAACACUGCCUCUGUCUCAAAGUAAAGCCUUAUAACUACGAA